AUGCGUGCCCCAGAGAUUGCAGGAUUUUACCUGGCAUGGUCCGACGAAUUCUACGGCCCGGCUGGCUCUCCUCCAGACUCAAAUAAUUGGGCUUUACAAACUCCCCCUUUCAACUGGAAUAAUGAGUGGCAGAAAUAUACGACCUCGACGGACAACGCCUGGCUCGACGGCAAUGGUCAACUCUGCAUUGCCCCCCAAAAGGUGGGCGGACAAUGGACGUCUGCUCGUCUGCAUGGCAACAAAAGUUUUGCGUGUGAGAAGAACCGCAAGAUGAUCUUUGCCGCCCAUAUCAAGAUGGGCCAGAAUCCGUGGUGGCAGCAGCAAGGCAUUUGGCCUGCUUAG